AUGGUUUUUGCAAAGUUCGGCGGCUGCUGUUCUCUCCGUUUUAGUUGCUGCUGCCUCUGCCGCUGCCUUUGUUGCAUGUUGCUGCUGCUGCUGCUGCCUUGUCGUUGUUGUUAGCCAUUAACUCACCGAGCGCGUCACAAAGAAGUUGCCACACGCUGCCAACGCUGCCCACAAGGCUAAUUAGAUUGCUGGAUAGUACCGACCUUGUUGCUGCUGCUAUUGCUGUUGUUGCUUAUGUUGCUACUGCUAUAAGGGAUACUAAAAGCUGGACUCAAAGGCAUGGAAAAAUGUGGAGUGCAGAAUGGAAGACAACAAAGCAGGGUCAGCGAGGAGCCAGCUCACAAAGGCAAAAGCAGCCGCCACAAGUUGAAAAAAUCACAAACUCUACAACUCAAUUGAAUAACGCAUUACGCAAUAAAGCAGGAUAAUUGUGCGUGUUGCCGCAGAGAUAUUCCUUUUUAGCACACCUGAGCUUUAUUACCGCUUAACAAGUGCAAAUGGAGACAAGCGGUUCUCUUCUGAAAGGGUACUUUGGGCAACGCAAUCCCCGGUCUACCACCCACUCGACAUUUGGCCAAUUGCCAUCUCUGUGCAUAAGAGCCAAUAUCAAAAUCUCAAAUCGCGUUUCAAAUAACCAACUAAUGUGACGGCUGCGACUGCUGCGCAUGUCCUCAGUGCGCCACUUGCCACUUGCCACCUGCACCGACCCACCGCAAUGUCUUCGUCGUCGUGGUCCUUGUCGUCCCGUCGCAGCCGAGGUGCAGGCAACAGGUGCUCGGGACGCCAGUUAGGAUACAUUCCUGGUGUCUAUAAAAACGCACAAAUUGGUCGCCUUUGCCGUUAGUCGCAUUUGCUACGCCGUGUCAUACGAUCUUGUGCUUCAAACAUGUUUUUUACAAGUCUUUAACCAAUGGUAAAAGUAAUCAUUAAUAAAGAUGUCAAUAGCUGCAAAUCAUACUUAAUCAAAUCUGAUCAAACAACAACAGCAAUGAGAAUAAUGGCGCUUCCCUGCUUCAGUUUAACGCGACUCAUAUUACUGCUGACUCUGCUAAUGUCAGCGACGCCAUUGCGUCCCUCGCCCAUCGAUGGGGAGGCGGACAGCGUACAGGCCACCUGGGACUGGCCAAUGGAAAGGUCAGAAAACUCCUACAGCAAUUUUAUGCACAACGGAAGGCCUUUGCCAAAUUUUAAAACUGGGGAAACGACGCCGGAAUUUUUCGAUGCAAUCGCGAAAGGGUUCAAUUUCCCGCUGCUUCCGUUGUCCCUUAACGGUAGACUAAGGCGGCUUUGGCAUCAGCGCUACGCAAAGUAUCUGAAGGAGCUGCAGCUGCAUCAGACGUCUUGGAUGGACAAUGUGCAAUCUCCGGGUGACGAAUCCAUGCCGAAGCUGAAGCGUAACUCCAUCUUAUGGCCACCCAAUGAAGAUAAUGAGCAGACAGCUUCCGACCAGCCUGAUUACCCUUAUGCCUAUGUCACGCUCGAGGAACAACAUAAACUGAAAGACGAACCGUCCGAUUAUAAGGGUCCAUUAUUCAGGCCUUCCAUCAGUGCUGGUACCGCAUUUGUCACUCUUCCAGGAGCUAUGACCAAUCUGGGUGACUUCUUCAAGCAGCUCAGGGCAAACGUGCAGUUUGCCGAGCAUUCGCAUCAGUUGGACGAGGGGGAUUCCCAACUACUUGAGGGAGUGCACCGCCAUCAGCUAGAGAAGGAAGAAAGUGACACAAAAGAAAAUGAAGUUUCUGAUUCCGGUCAGUCAUCCGAUCGUAAAAAAUCCAAGCUGCUGCAAUCCUUGCUUAGCUAUCGACCCUCCCAGAAGAUACGCUCGCUGGUGUCACGCAAUCCCAACGGAUAUCGCGGCUCUCAGUUCAUAGAUCCCAGCUACAUGUGGCUCGGUCUGGGCAAAUGACCAUAAGCCUUCCAUUCACAUGGUUACAACGUAUGAUCUUUCAAAACUUUUAUCUGUGUGUACAUAUAUAAUAUAUAUUUAAAUUUAAAGGCAAGCACUAA